CAACCAUUUCCUUGUAUUGAAUUUCCCGUGGACAAACGACUUCUCGUUUUUCUCGUCGCUCGCCCGCAUCCUUCAUCCCCCUUCAUCCCCAUUUUUGCAUCAUGAUCGUGGCGCGUGGAGUCGCACGUAUCAGCCGUAAGGCUGCCGCUCAACUGCGGAACCAGACUGUCCGUUCCCUCGCUACUGAGGCCGGUAGCACUGGUGCAGUUCGUGCUGUUAUCGGUGCCGUCGUUGACGUUCACUUCGAGUCUGGAAACUUGCCCCCAAUUUUGAACGCUUUGGAGGUCCAAGGUCACGAGUCCCGUCUUGUCUUGGAAGUUGCCCAGCACUUGGGUGAAAACACUGUCCGUACCAUUGCCAUGGACGGUACUGAGGGUCUUACCCGCGGUCAGAAGGUUCUUGACACUGGCGCACCCAUUCGUGUACCUGCUGGACCCGAGUGCUUGGGUCGUAUCAUGAACGUCAUCGGUGAACCCGUCGAUGAGCGUGGUCCCAUCAAGACCAAGCAGCUUCUUCCCAUCCACGCUGACCCUCCGGAAUUCGUGGACCAGUCCACUGUUCCCGAAAUGUUGGAAACUGGUAUCAAGGUCGUAGAUCUUCUUGCCCCCUACUCUAAGGGUGGUAAGAUUGGUCUCUUCGGUGGUGCUGGUGUCGGAAAGACUGUGCUUAUUACCGAACUCAUCAACAACGUUGCCAAGGCCCACGGUGGUUACUCCGUUUUCUGCGGUGUCGGUGAGCGUACUCGUGAGGGUAACGAUUUGUACCACGAGAUGAUUACGGCUGGUGUCAUUCAACUUGAUGGCCAGUCUAAGGCUGCCCUUGUGUAUGGUCAGAUGAACGAGCCCCCUGGUGCCCGUGCCCGUGUUGCUUUGACCGGUUUGACGAUUGCUGAGUACUUCCGUGACCAAGAAGGCCAGGAUGUGCUUUUGUUCGUCGACAACAUUUUCCGUUUCACCCAGGCCGGUUCCGAAGUAUCUGCCCUUCUCGGUCGUAUUCCCUCCGCUGUCGGUUACCAGCCCACUCUUGCAACUGAUAUGGGUGGUAUGCAGGAGCGUAUUACCACCACCAAGAAGGGUUCGAUUACGUCUGUGCAGGCCAUUUACGUGCCCGCCGAUGAUUUGACUGACCCUGCCCCGGCUACCACUUUCGCCCAUUUGGACGCCACCACUGUGUUGUCCCGUUCCAUUGCCGAACUUGGUAUCUACCCCGCUGUGGAUCCUCUUGACUCGAAAUCCCGUAUCUUGGAUCCCCGUAUCGUUGGUGACGAGCACUACAACAUCGCCACCGGCGUCCAGCAGAUUCUUCAGAACUACAAGUCCCUCCAAGAUAUCAUUGCCAUUCUUGGUAUGGAUGAAUUGUCUGAAGAGGACAAGCUCACUGUCGAACGUGCCCGUAAGAUCCAGCGUUUCAUGAGUCAGCCGUUCACCACUGCUCAAGUCUUCACUGGUUACGAAGGUCGUUAUGUCUCGCUUCAGGAUACCCUCCGGUCUUUCAAGGAGAUCUUGGACGGCAAGCACGACGGUCUUCCUGAGGCUGCCUUCUACAUGGUCGGCGAUAUUGAGGAAGUGCAGCGGAAGGCAGAAGAAAUUGCUAAGCAAGCGUAAACCAUGUAAAAUACCAUAGGGGGCUGGUGGUGCAAAAGUCUUGCGGCUGUUGUACCAAACGGUAAUAUAUAGUUAUUGUGUUGAGCACGACACGGAAGGCCCAAUGGGUCCGCACAAUCGUUUCAUAGCCGCCGGUGAGGGUGGAGUAUACCGGGCGGGUCUAGAAUACAGACAGUGAUCCUCAUUUAACUUGCAA